CUCGUCCUGGUUUUUGCGCGGGUUGAAGGCCGAUAAAUACACCAGGCCAGCCGCACCCGCUCUUCACAUCAUUGCACGACUCGUCGAUAAGGUCUUCGUCGCCGCCGCUCCCUCCGUCGCUUUACUAUUCCGCAGCAAAUCAUUUCGGGGUUAUUUUUUCCCUUCCAAUUCCAGUUGGUCUCUCUAGACAAAUCAAACUCAUCGUCGACAUAUCAAACGUAGUCUGUUUUUAUCACUGAAUUUUAUUUUUUUGAUCGUCGUUUCAAUUUCGUUCAAUUUCGUGACCAGUUUGAUCGAGGGAUUGCCGUCAUCAGUCUUCCACAUUAUUUCAGAAAUACCACGGACGUCGUUCAAACAUGGUUUCCAAAGUGGUGGUGGUCCUCUUCGCGGUCCUCGUCUUGAGCCAGGCCGUCCUCUGUCUCGAUCCGCAUUACUUUGACGAAGUUGCAGAAGAUCAGAUGACUAACGAACAACAAUCUGCUGGAUUGAACUACUUUACCGACAACGCUGAGCCUCUGAUGGAAAAUGCCCAAAAACGUUCGCCUUUGAUUUAUGUUUCCAGACGAUCUUGCAUCCGACGCGGUGGCAGCUGCGACCAUAGGAGGAACGAUUGCUGCUUCAGCAGCUCCUGUCGCUGCAACCUGUGGGGAUCCAAUUGCCGUUGUCAUCGGGCCGGACUCUUCCAGAAAUGGGGCUAAAAAUCAAAUGGUGGAACAUCAUCAACAUCUUUGAACGUGAACCAACAAAAUCCCAUCCCCCCUCUCCCACCCAAACGCCACAACCAAAUAUAUACUACACACGGGGAACGGACAACAAACAACACUGACAACAAAUCCACAAGCACCGUACGCACCAAUUUCCAAUCCGCAGCAUCUCUGUCGUCCAUAAUCCAAUCUGAUUCUCAUCAACUGCAAUUUACUGAUUCCAAAUGGAUCAAUUUUGAGUUUGAACUUUUUUUUCU